CGGCAGCCGGCCCGCGCCCUACGCGGCCGCCUACCCGGGCCGCUUCGUGCAGCAAGCCGCCGCCGCCGCCGCCUACGUGCCCUUCCGGGAGGCCCUCUACAGCGUCCGACCCACCCCAGAACGGCCUCCACCGCCGGCACAGCCCCCGCAGGCGCCUCCGCCCCAGCCGCCACCUCCAUCGCAGCAGACGUCUCGCCAGGCCCCACCUCCGCAACCGCAACCUCCCCAGCAGCAAGCACAACCGCAGCAACCACCGCAGCAACCACCUCCGCCGCCACCUCCCCAGCAGCAACCACCACAGCAGCCACCUCCUCCACCUCAACAGCAACCACCUCAGGCGCAGAUCGAGUACUUGCCCCCACCUUCGCAGCCUCGUAACCGAAUUUCAUUGUUGCAUCCUCAGGAGUUCCUCAGGCCCCUGCCACAGGGGGCACGCCUCCAACCUCCGACCGACCAGGUGCGUGAAGCGAUGCCCUUGGUGGCAUCUGCACCCACUGUCCAUUACGAUGUCGGUCCACCGUACAAGAGAAUGCGGCUCGGAGAGGCUAAGCCGGACGUGCAGCAACCUCUGCGUAUCGACACGAGGGAGCAGCAGCCGCAAGCUUACACCCCACAGGUGGAGGCAAUCUCACCGACUCUGCCAUCGGAUUCUUUACAGGAGGAGACCACUUUUCGUUCUACAAAAGAUGAGCUCUUGCAACAGAUUGGGAAAGUGGAUCGUGAGAUUGCAAAGGCGGAAACGCAGAUCCAUAAACUCAAGAAGAAACAGCAAGAACUUGAGGAGGCUGCAAGUAAACCUGCCAUUAAAAAGGAGGAGGAAGAAAUUGCUCUGCCAAAACACCAGAGCCCGGCACAAAAAAUCUACGCGGAGAAUAGAAAAAAAGCUCAAGAAGCCCACAGUUUGCUGGAGAAGUUGGGUCCAAAAAUUGAACUGCCGUUGUACAACCAACCAUCGGACACUGCUGUCUACCAUGAGAACAAGAGAAGGUACCAGUUGUUGAAGAAACGCUUGGUAGAGCAUUUUCGAAGACAGCACGCUGAGCGGGAAAAUCGUGAGAAGUUUCUGACGGCAACAUACUCCAAAUUGAUGCAGGAAUGGUUGCGUAAGGUGGAAAAAGCGGAAGCCUCUCAAAAAAGGAAAGCUAGGGAAGCGAAGAAUCGUGAAUUCUUUGAGAAAGUGUUUCCAGAGCUUAGGAAGCAGCGGGAAGAUAGAGAAAGGUUUAAUAGAGUUGGUGCCAGGAUCAAGAGUGAAGCAGACUUGGAGGAAAUCAUGGAUGGCCUUCAAGAGCAAGAAAUGGAAGACAAGAAGAUGCGAUCCUAUGCUGUAAUCCCCCCGAUACUCUUGGAUGCGAGGCAAAGGCGUGUGACGUUCUCUAAUGACAAUGGUCGUAUCGAAGAUUUUACGGCAGAAUAUAAGGAACGACAAUUGCUGAAUGUUUGGACCGAGUCGGAACGCGAGUUAUUUAAAGAGAAGUAUUUGCAGCAUCCGAAGAACUUCGGCCUCAUCGCCUCUUACCUGGAGCGCAAGAGUGUCUGUGAUUGCGUCCAGUAUUAUUACUUGAGUAAGAAGACAGAAAACUACAAACAGCUCCUGCGCAAAUCGCGACAACGGACACGCGCUUCUCGAAACAAUCCUCACGGGAAAGUAAGUGGUGCCAGUGGUUCCGGGAGUGGUAGUGGUGCUCAGUCCCUUGCCGAUGUUCCCGGUGGUGUGACGACUCGUCUCCAACGAGAGCAGCAACAACAGAAGCAGGAGAUGGCGCCUCCUCCUCCUUCACCACCUCCUGUGGCACCUGCACCAUCCUCGUCACCUGCUCCGUCCGCAACCACGCCUUUAGCAGUUUCUACCACGACAUCUACGACAUUAGAUGUCAAGGACGGUCGACCCACACCAACAGCGUCACCAGCUGACAAGGAACAGACGGCGUCUGACAAGGAUAAGUCUUCGGGAGAUGGGAAGGUAGAGAACAAGAAGAAAGACAGGAGAAAAGAAGACAGGAAGAAGAAAGGAGAUGAUGAAUCAAGUGAUGAGGAGUGCACAGACUCUCAGGACAAGGGCGGAGCGCACCCGUGCGCGGUGUGCCGGGCGCAGUUGGAACAGUUCCCGCAGUCGCGGCCGCUGCCGCGCGCGCAGGCGGGCGCCUACGGGCUGCGCGAGGACGACGUGUCGGCGGGCGCACGCGUCUGCAACUCGUGUCGCUGCAAGGCGGUGCGCUCGCGCUACACGCAAUGCCCGCUGCCCUCGUGCCCGAACCCGCGCGGACGCGUCAAGCGCCUGCGGUCGCUGCCCGCGCGCUGGGCCGAGCUACCGCCUGAGCUACGCCAGCCGCUCGUCCACGAAUUCCAGAUUCCACCAAAUGUGACAAAGUGCUGUUCGGCAUGCUUUACACGCAUCUCCCGGCGACUGUCACCACAGCAGGAGGAGUCUGACAGUGGUGUUCAGCGGUGGACAGAAGAAGAGACGGAGAGCUUAAAGCGUGGUCUUCGUGAACAUGGUCUCAACUGGCCCAAAUUGGCUGAAUGUGUUGGCAGCUCGCGUACACAACAACAGUGCCGGAACUUCUACAACAAUUAUCGGAAAAAGCUUAAUCUUGACCUUCUUGUCCAGGAGUACAAUAAGGUUCAUUUGGGGGAAGAACGCAAACCUACGGUAACGGAUGAAGAAGAAUCAGGAUCAAGCACUUCCUCUUGUGAUGAGCCAGUGGGAGGACCUCCACUGGAUAAUAGUGACACAGACAGUGCUGCUUCUCCAACAGGUGAACAGAACGGUCCUAUGCCCAGCAAUAGUAGUGGCCAGGAUGAAGGUACCGUGGAGCGGCCGAAGCAACUUUCGAGUACACCGUCAUCCCCAACGCAGAUGGCUGCUCCCACGGGAACUGUGACACCUGCAGCUAGCGUUGCAAACCGUUGUGAUGAAUCCCAACAGCAGCAGCAGCAGCAGCAGCAACAACAACAACAACAACAACAACAACAACCACAGCAGCAGUCUACAGCUACUGCUACUGCAUCCACGCCAGCCCCUACAAAGGAGGAUUAUGACAGUUCUGCCACCGAGACAGCAGAUGAAGGUCAAGGAGGAGCAGACACGGAGGCAGGGGCUAAUAACCGACAGUCCCCUGGCAAGAGUUUCGUACUCCAACAGCAACCACCACAACCGACAGUAACACCUUCACAGAUGCCACCUGUGUCGCAACAGCAACUGCAGGUACCAGCUGCAGUAGAAAAUGGUCCUACCUCUCCAUCACCUGUGAGAUCUGUGAAGGAUCUGAUGCUGGGUAUGAUCGAAAUACAACUUGCAAAAAGCAAUGGUGGCAGCAGUAAUUCGUGUGCUCCUACGGGCUCGGUCGGCGGGACACCGACAAUUUCCUCGAUCCUCGGCGGUGGCGAAUUGCGACAGCAAUUGCCCGUCCAGCAACAUGGGCCACCUGCACCGCCUCCAGUGGUGGCAGCCUCAUCGCCCGGCCCAGAGGUAUCUUUUGUGCGAGAGUACCCUCGACCACAGUUGGCUACCCUCUCGGUGGUCAGUGCGCAUCCGCAGCAAGUGCAGCCACAUCAGCAUCAUCUGGUGCCGCCUCCACCACAUGGCCAUAGCCUGCCCCACCAACAUGGACAUCCACCGCCUCCAGCACAGCAGUUGCUGCAGCACUCGCAAGCCACCAUCACCCCUGUGGACAUACCGAAGGAGGGUCUUGUUGUUGUCCAGGUACAGCAGGCAAUGCGGGAGCGUCCUGAACCAGAGCCUGUAACACUAGACCUGAGCCUGAAGAAGCCACGGGAGUGCAGUCCGAGUCCAUUGACGUCUGCAUCAUCGGUGUCAUCUCGAGGUCCUUCACCUGCUCCUCAUUCUCCCUAUCACUUACCACCUCCCCCUGCCCAUAGCAAACACCCAAUGGUACCACACCAUACACCAGCGCAGGCUGCAGCAGUUUACCGUGCGGCUCCUGACCAGUACUAUCAGCAUCAGGUGCAGGUAGUAUCAACAGAAUCCCGCAAUGUUACUAACAAGUCACCAUCAGUUUAUGUGUCCACUGUGCCACAUAGCAGUGACAGCCGUGGCCCUACACCACAUCUUGUCAUGAACCAACAGACAAGGCCGUCUCCGCAACAGAAUAAGGUAACCAAGGUGACAAUGCCAUCCCCUAAGCUACCACCGACGGUACCAGCUAAAGGCGGUUCAAUCACCCACGGCACCCCGGUACCUGUGUCAACACCUGGACAACGAUAUGAGGGGGGUGGACUGUUAAGACAAAUUACACCACCCCAGCAACCGCCUCCUGCUCCACAUAAGGAGGGUGGUUCUAUCACUCAAGGCACACCAGUUCAUCACCACCCACAUCAUGACCGACGCACUCCGUCAUCUUACGCUGACUACUACAAACGGGCUUCACCUAGUGGUGGUGCAUAUGGGCCCCCUACGUAUCAAGCAGCACCAGGGUUUGCAUAUCCACGACCUGCCUACGCAACCGAGCAGCAAAUGAGUUCACGGCAAAUCAUUAUUAAUGACUAUUUCACAUCUCAGCAGAUGCAAAACCCACAGAGGCGUGCUCCUGAUGGGUAUGCAACUGGGACCCCAACCACUGCGGGAGUGUAUGGAGAAGCAAGGUUACCAGUACCACCUUCUGGUGAACGACCUCCUCCCAAUGCAACACCACCACCUGCUCCACGCCAGGGUGUGAUACAGAGGCAUGGAGCAGCAGUGAGGUAUCCACCUGGUCAUGAGGCACUGUCAUCACUGGUUGAUGUUGCCGUGCAACAGCCUAGCCUGCCAGUGCCAAAGGAGGAACGUGAGCCACCGUCACGUCAUGAAGGUCUUGGAAAGGCAGUGGUGGAGCACGAGAGAGAGCAACGGGCUCGCUACGAGCACCGCCAGAUGCAAAUCCAGCAACAGCACCAAGUCCGCCAGCCACAGCAGCAGCAGCAAUCACACCAGCAGCAGCCACCAGCACCACCACCACCACAGCAGCAGCAGCAGCAGCCGCCACAACAACAACAACAACAAC